GCGGCGCGCGCAGGAUGGUGGCGGGCGCGUUCCCGCUGGCCAAGCUGCUGACGCUGGGCGCGCGCCAGCUGAGCCGCCCCCUGGCGGCGCGCAUCAAGGCCGGGGCCCGCGCCAGCCCCUUCUUCCGCACCUACGUCUGCCUGCCGCCCGCGCAGCUGUAUCACUGGGUGGAGAUGCGAGCCAAGAUGCGGCUGAUGGGGUUUCGCGGCGCCGCCGUCAAACCGCUGAACGAGGACGCGGCGGCGGAGCUGGGAGCGGAGCUGCUGGGGGAAGCGAUCGUGUUCGGCGUGGGAGGGCUCUGCCUCUACUUGGAGUACGCCCGGCAGGCGGGGCAGGCGCGGCGGCGGGAGGAGGAGCAGGCGGCGGCGCUGCGGGAGGUCGGGGAGAGGCUGCAGCGGCUGCAGGACGAGCUGGACGCCGUGGCCGCACGCCUGCCGCCCGGACGCGGCCCCGGACACGUCGGCCACGGCCCGGACAGCGCUAGCCCCGCCGCCGCCGCCGGAGGUGGCCAAGGACACGCGACCCCCGGACCCGGCCGUUAAAAGCGCCCACGUGCUCGUUUCCCGCCGGCGGGUUCCUUCGGGGGCGGGGCCUGAUUGGUCGCGCUCCGUGGAGGGCGGGGCCUGGCAGCUGGGGGCGGGGCCAGGGGCGGGGGGGGCAGGAGCGUGUGAUGAUGAUGAGACCCCCCCCACGGGUGACACAGGUGAUGGGUGACACGGGUGUCAUGUACAAAACAACGGCGUUUACUGUUCGUCAGGGGAGGGGGAUGCCCCAAAGCUCUCCCCCCAAAAAAAACCCCAAACCCUAAAUAAAAAGGUGAAAAACCCAGAA